AGCGAGGCGGAGCUAUUGGAGGUAAUGGCGUCGCGAAGGCCUAUGCCUCUUCUAUUAUUGAAGCCGCGGUGUCCGCGGGCUCAGCCCGCCUCUGCCCACCCCCGGGCCGGCCUGUGAUCGCCCUGCCGCCCGCCUGUCCUCGGUGACCUCUCCGAACUCGCUGCCGGCCGGAGGGCGCCCGAAUCCGGACUCCAGGCUCAGGCCUCGGCCUCAGAUCAUAUAUACAAGACAACAGUAUUUACUGGGCUGAACGGGCAUCAUCAAUGGAUCUCUUUGUUAUUUAAGAAGGACACUCCUGCUUGGAUUACUAUAUCUAUGGUGUUCUUGUUUGUAGCUGGUCUUUAAGAAGCUGAGGAUUUUUCACAUAGACAUUCUCUGUGCCGUAUCGGUUUUACAUGCUAUAAGAUGGCAUCGGUGCCUGUGUACUGCUUGUGCCGCCUGCCUUAUGAUGUGACCCGUUUUAUGAUUGAAUGUGAUGUCUGUCAGGACUGGUUUCAUGGCAGCUGUGUUGGGGUGGAGGAGGAAAAAGCUUCAGAGAUUGACCUGUAUCAUUGUCCUAACUGUGAGAUCACUCAUGGGCCGUCUGUUAUGAAACGCCGGCGUGGCGUGAAACAACAGGAUGCUGCUUUGAGCAAAGACUUAGGAAAGCCAGUGCAGACGGGAAGUGCGUGUUUCAUCAAGGAGUUAAGGAGUAGGAAUUUCCCCAGUGCAGAUGAGGUGAUCCUGAAGCCACAGGGAGCUCAGCUUACCGUGGAGUACCUGGAAGAGAACAGCUUUAGCGUCCCAAUUCUUGUCCUGAAGAAGGAUGGGUUAGGGAUGACCCUUCCUCCCCCGUCUUUCACUGUGAACGAUGUGGAGUAUUAUGUGGGUCCAGAGAAGGAGAUUGAUGUAAUUGAUGUAACGAGACAAGCAGAUCUGAAGAUGAAAUUGAAGGAUUUUGUAAAAUAUUACAACAGUCCCAAGAGAGAGAAGGUGUUGAAUGUAAUCAGUUUGGAAUUUUCUGAGACCAGGUUAUCUAACUUGGUGGAGACUCCAAAGAUUGUGCGGAAGCUUUCCUGGGUUGAGAACCUUUGGCCAGAAGAAAGCGUGUUUGAGAGGCCUAACGUCCAGAAAUACUGCUUGAUGGGAGUGAAAGACAGCUAUACUGAUUUCCACAUUGAUUUUGGAGGGACGUCUGUCUGGUACCAUGUUCUAAAGGGAGAGAAAAUAUUUUACCUGAUCCAUCCCACCAAAAGCAAUUUGGCUCUGUUUGAAUGUUGGAGCAGCUCCUCCAACCAAAAUGAGAUGUUUUUUGGAGAUCAAGUGGAUAAGUGCUACAGAUGUCCUGUUAAGCAAGGCCAGACGCUCUUCAUCCCUACAGGGUGGAUUCACGCCGUGCUCACUCCAGUCGACUGUCUUGCAUUUGGUGGGAAUUUCCUGCACAGUCUGAACAUAUCCAUGCAGCUAAAAGCGUAUGAGAUUGAGAAGAAGUUAAGCACUGCUGAUCUAUUUAAGUUUCCAAACUUUGAGUCAAUCUGUUGGUAUGUGGGGAAGCACUUACUAGACACUUUCCGUGGACUGCGAGAAAACAGGAGACACCCAGCAUCUUAUCUACUUCAUGGAGCCAAAGCCCUUAACACUGCGUUCAGAAUCUGGACAAAGAAGGAGGCCUUAAUGGAUCAUGAAGAGGAAAUUCCGGAGACCAUUGUUACAUCUCAGCUCAUCAGAGAUCUAGACCGUGAGAUCCGACUGAUGGAGGACAUCUUUCAUCAGAACCUAGAGAAGACAGGCAACCUCUUGGGUCUUACAAGAAGUCCUUUGCCUGGCAUCAACUCUCCCUCCAAAACCACCCUUCCAUUAAAGAACUCCAAAAAGAGGGCUUCUAAACCAAAGGAGCCCCUUAAGAAAGGCGGCAGGAAGGGAAAAGAAAUGCAAGAAACUAACAGUAACCCUGAAUCACCUGGGACUCCCACAAAUCAAAACCAGAAGAAAACCGUGACACCCAAGAAAGAAAAGGUGGAUGACUCCCUGGAUUUUAUGGAUGAGGAUCCACAGGGCUGCCUCUUGGAUGCUGAAAUAGCAGAGAAUAAGCUGAGGCUGGUACUGUCCAAUGGAAACAACAUCGGUGGGAAAAAGGUCCGUGUUGGAGCAGGCAGCAGGCGACUAUUUGCCGCAAAUAAACAACCCAAAAAGGAACAACUCGAAGCAGACCUGUCCCCGGGAGAACCUUUCGUAAUGGAUUCUGAGGAUGACUUGCAGAUUGAUGAAACGCCACGGAAGGAGAAAAAGCCUGUACUUCCAAAGAGAAAACUCAGCAAAUUCCCUAGAAAGCUACCUCGUGCAAAGCCCUGCUCCGAUCCAAAUCGCGUCCGAGAACCUGGGGAGCUGGAGUUUGAUGUUGAGGAAGAUUACACAACAGACGAAGACGUAGAGACAGCUGAUGGAGACCUGGGCGCUAGCAGUGGAGGGAUAUUAGACCUGCUGAAAGCGAGUCGCCAGGUUGGAGGGCCAGACUACUCGGAGCUUGACGAAGCACCUGCAUCUCCCAGCACACAAGAGGCUAUCCAGGGAAUGCUGUGCAUGGCCAACCUCCAGGCUUCCUCUUCUUGCACUCCUUCCAACCUUCAGGCAUGGUGGGCAGCUGGUCAGGACAAUAGUGCUGGGUUAGGGCUACCACAAGGAGGCAGUAAAGUUGCUGGAAGCAACAGCAAGAGUGGUAGCAAUGGUACAGGUAACAGCAAAGUAAUUCAGCGACCUGGUAAAAGACCUGUAAAGCGGCCGGUACAUCGCAGUAUGGACAGUGAGGACGAAGACAGUACCGAUGAGCAGGAGACUUUGGGGGCCUGCUUUAAGGAUUCUGAAUAUAUUUAUCCAUCGCUGGAGUCUGAUGAUGACGACCCGGCGCUGAGGUCACGUCCCAAGAAGAAGAAACAAACUGACGAUGCCCCAUGGAAUCCAAAAGCACGCGUGACUCCAACACUUCCUAAGCAAGCCCGUCCAGUACGAGAGGGAACACGUGUAGCCUCUGUUGAAACUGGGUUAGCUGUAGCUGCUGCAAGACUCUCCCAGCAGGAACAGCAGAAAUCUCUUAAGAAGAAAGUGACUUGUAAGAAGAAAUCACCAAGCGAGCAAGAUCUUCCUCUUCUUCCAGUUGAGCCAGACCCUCCACCAACGCCACAACCUGAAACCCACACUGAGGUUUUCUCUGGCAGUUUGGCUGACCAUGAAUACACAGCAGGACCCAAUAUUUUUGGUAUGGCUCAGAUCAACAGGGGAACUACGCCUAUGGCACCUGGUGUCUUCUUAUCUCAUCGGCGGCUAUCUGCAUCCUCUCCAGGAAGCCAAGGAGUUCAGGGAAAACGGCCCAAGAAAGGCUUGGCUACUGCUAAGCAAAGGCUGGGGAAGAUCCUGAAAAUCCACCGGAAUGGGAAACUGCUCCUGCUGUGACCUCCUCCAUCCCAUUUGCUUCAAACCCUUACCUCUUCCUUCCCAGCCUCGUUGAAAUUAUCCAGCACCGGGUUAAACUAGCUCAGAACAGAUUCUUACCUGCAAUGAACACUGUUAUUUUUAUACUUUCAAACACAAAAAUCAAGUCUUUUACACCGCCACCUAUGAAAAACAAACCAAAAAGACUAUGUUCUUCUGGGGCAUCUUCAAGAGACAUUUGUUGGAUGGUUCACCAAACAAAAACUAAUUUCUCAAUAGCCUGGUGUGUGCCCUGGGUAAUAGACUGUGGCUGUUUUUUUUUUUUCUGCGUUGCCCUCUGCAUUACUCACAUGUUGUAUACAAUGGAGUGGACCCUUAGUGGCAGAUUUAGGUAUUUACAAAACCUAGAGAGCGGAAGCCUUAGCAAAAAUGUAAUUUGGUUCAGUAACGUUUUAUAGCCAGAUUUUCCAGGAUUGGUUAGUAAAUUUGUGCAGUCUAAAGCCACCUUAUCCCUGCCCCCACCCCACUACUCUAAAAUUGUUCCCAAAAGGGUAAAUUUACUCUGUUGAACUACACCAACGUAAGGUGAUCUACAUGAGACAUAAGCUGUGUUAUCCACGCUUGUACCAGUGAACUUAUAAUGACAACUAUAGUGUGCGUGCCACCAAGCAAGCUACUUUUAUUCCCUGUGAUUUUUGGCUUGUUCCUGCCCAUAGCUUCCUGAUUGGAGCAAGAUCAGAUAGCUUUGCAAAUGGAGUCAUGCAACCUUAUCUGCAAGGACCUAUCUGUACAAUGUACAUUAGCAACAGACCGGUCCAAUUGUGCGCUCUCUCGUCCCAAUAAUUGCACUUGGAAUGGAAAAUCCUUUAUCUGAAGACUGUAAGGCCACCGUUAGUGCAUAUGAAGUAUCCCAAGAAGGACAAGUGAAGGGUCGAUACAGCAGUAUCAGACUGAACCAUAAGCCUGCAGAAACGUCUCACUGCCUGUAGUGCAAAAUUUUGUGGACAGCCCACUCCUGUGCAAGGUUGACUGAACACAAUGCUGUCACGUUGUGAUGUUAAAAGUGGUUUGACCUGCAUUGUUGCAAAUCUUUUUAAAGGUGUCCCAUGUUUUUA